AUGGCUCAUGUACAAUGUCAUGGGUUUAGGCCUCAAUAUCAUGUUUGGGUUUGGCAUGGUGAGAAGGGAUCGUAUAGGGAGAAUGUUGUUGGCAAUGAGACGCAUGUUGAAAGUACCGAGAUUCAUGUUGAAGAAGAAAAUGGGAGUGAUGAUGGUGGUGAAGGGGAUGACACCGAGGAUAGUGGUGGUGAUGAUCACUUGGAUGAGAUGAUGCAUGGGAAUGAACUUCCUAAUUCCUAUUAUUAUGCAAAGAAACUAAUGUAUCCAUUUGGUUUGGAGUAUAAGAAGAUACAUGCAUGUCCUAAUGGUUGUGUUCUGGUAGUAAAGGACCUCCUGCCAACUGCCAAGGUGUUGUGGUAUCUUCCUAUCAUUCCAAGGUUAAAGCGUCUAUUUUCAAUACCAAAAGACGCCAAGAACCUGAGAUGGCAUGCUGAGGGAAGAAAGAAAAAUGGUUUGUUGAAGCAUCCUACUGACUCUCCACAAUGGAAGAACAUCGAUAUGAAGUUUAGGGCAUUUGGUGGUGAAAAAUAUAUAACGCUUUCACUUUUGAUAACGGUGCCAAGGCAACCUGGAAACGACAUUGAUGUUUACCUUGAGCCCCUUAUUGAUGAUUUGAGAAAGAUGUGGGACGAAGGUGUUACCGUUUAUGAUGCCCAUAAGAACGAGAUGUUUCUUUUGCGUGCUUCCCUUAUGUGGACCAUCAAUGAUUUUCCCGCAUAUGGCAAUCUGUCUGGGCGCGAUCACCCGUAUCGUAAGCAGAAAAAGGCCUUCGAUGGGAAAGUUGAGGAGGGGGUUGCGCCUAGGCCAUUGAGUGGAAAGGAGGUUUAUGCAAGAGUGAAGGGUAUUCCAUGUGUUUUUGAGAAGAAUGUUUGUGAUGCAAUUUUGGGGACAAUUAUGAACAUUCUUGGAAAAACGAAGGAUGACAAGAGUGCACGGUUAGAUUUACAAGCGUGGGGUGUUCGUCCGGAGUUGUGGGUUCAAGCUAAGGUAGGGAUGGCGAAGGUUAAGGAAAAGGGAAACGAAGAUGGUGAUCAAAACCGUAAGGGGAAGCGCAAGGAAAAGACCACGGGUAUCGCAAAGAAGAAAGGUGAUGGAAAAGGAAAGAACCAAAAGGUGUAUUUACCUCCAGCUUGCUACACAUUAUCUAAGGAAGAAAAACGGAGGUUUUGUGCUUGUUUGUAUGACAUUAAGCUUCCAUCUAGUUUCUCGUCAAACAUGAAAAGCAAAGUUCUUGAUCCCUUUACACUUGAUGUUCUCCAGGCGAAUGUUGUGGUAACUUUGUGCAAAUUUGAGAUGUUUUUCCCACUUUCACUUUUUGACAUAAUGGUGCAUUUGUUUCUGCAUUUGGUUCGUGAGAUUAAGUUGUGCGGCAGUAUGAUACAAGGAAUUGUGUCCGAGGAGAUUGGGAAUUUCGUGGCAGAGUAUGUUGCCGUUGCCGAACCUAUUGGGCUUCCCACUUCCCGACAUGAAGGGAGACUUGAUGGUCAUGGCACAAUCGGGUCAAAAAGGAUCUGGGCUGCUCGAGAUCAAAUCAUGCAAGAUCACCUAUUUGUGCUUCAUCAUAUUGCGGAGGUUCACCCAUAUUUAGAAGAGCACAUGGAUAGUUUGCGUGUUGAAUAUCCAUCAAAAGGGGAAAGAGCACUAAUGCAGUUGCAUAAUAAGAUGUUUGUGAAGUGGUUCCAUGAUCGUGUGAUGCGUCAGUUGGAUGAGACUGUUUCUGAUACAAUAAAGUGGCUAGCUUAUGGUCCAAAGGAAGAUGUUCAUUCAUUUGAGGGAUAUGACAUAAAUGGGUACACAUUUUGGACUGAGAGUCGGGAUCAGAAAUCCUCAUCGACUCAAAAUAGUGGUGUCACUCUUGUGGCUUCAUCAAGAGAGUUUGCAAGUGCGAAGGAUACAUCACCAGUUGAUGCACUAUUAUCAUACUAUGGACGAAUUCAGGAAAUAUGGGAACUAGAUUACCGUGACUUCAAGGUUGGUCUAUUCAAGUGUAAAUGGGUCGAUAAUAAUAGGCGCAACGUAAGAAAUGAUGACUUCACUCUUGUAGAUCUUGGCCACUUGCGGGAUAGUCUUGAACCAUUCAUCCUUGCAUCUCAAGCUAAGCAAGUGUUCUAUGUAACUGACCCGUCCGAUCUUAAAUGGUCCAUCAUCCUGGCUGGCAAAAGGAGAAUUUUAGGGGUUGGAGAGGUUGAGGACGAGGAAGAAUAUGAUGCAUUUGAUGAUUCUCCCCCUUUCACUGCUCCUACACUUGAUGUAGCAACUGAUGUAGAUGAUGAUGCUACUUAUAUUCGAAUUGACCACAAUGAGGGAAUACACGAAUGA